CCACCUUCUAAGCCACCAACCUUGCGCCCGACAAAAAAACCUACAGAGGCGCCUACGCAUCUGCCGACGGAGCCGACGAAAGCACCGACACAUCGACCUACUAACAGACCUUCAAGGUUUCCCACCCUACCCCCCACACGAAGUCCAACAAGGGUACCCACAGCUCCUCCUAGCGAACUGCCUACUCGUGCACCUACAUACCGACCA